AUGGACGCGUGGAAACUUAUUGUUGUUUCAAGAGUUCUUUUGCACGGUGAAGUGGGCCUCGUGGGCCAAGGGCUGCUGGUGUCGGAUGAAGAGGUGGCAGCUCUUGCUCCCGAAUCCUUUCUUCUCCGCGCCGGCAAUGCCUCGGGCCGGAUCUUAGUGGUCUGUGCCGGGAGGACCAAGCGAGCGGUGGGCUUUGCCUUCUAUGAGUUUCUUCAACAGCUGGGUUUUGGGUUCUUGCAUCCGCUGAAGCCAGUCAUUCCCGAAGCUUCGGAGCAAAGCUGGCAACCCCUGGAUAUCCACGAGACGCCUCGCUGGAGUUUCCGAGGUACCCACUACCACACACAGCACCCACUGGAAUUGACAAACUUCUUGAACGGCUACGACGCCCUGGGCAGCACGAAAUCCCGGGAGAGCUGGCGGGAAGCGUGGGCCGCUUGGGAGGACUAUCUGGAAUGGAUGCUGGCCCAGAAGCAGAAUUACCUGGAGUGGAUGCUGCUGGCCGACGUGCGGACCAAAGAGGCCGACUUUGAAACCAGCUCCGAGCGCCAAGCUCGGCUGCGUCUCAUCGUCAACGCAGCACACGACCUUGGUUUGGAGGUUGGCGCCGACGUCCCCCUCACCUUGAAGCAGCAGCACGCGCUAAACCUCCUGCCGAAGCCAACGCGCAGUCCCACUGACAAUGCGGCGCAGGUCCGACAGCGCGUGCAGUGGUUGUUGAGCUGCGGCUUCGAUCACCUUGGCACUGAGUUGGGCAGCACGGAGUUCACACGAGGACUGGAUGCCCGUGAGCUGACGCACCUGCUGAAUGAAACGCAGGAGGCUUUGGGUCCACGGAAGUUGCUGGUCAAGAACCACUGCUCCACGAAACAGCAUGCAGAGGGCUUCAGAGACCCCAGGCCUGGGAAGCAAGACGAGCCGCUGAAUUUCAACUAUCUCAACUAUUUCGCGGACCCCAAGAUCGUGAGCAUGCCGCACACGGUGCAAGCGUACUCCCUGACGGACCCAGCUCCGACGUAUGGGAACGCAAACUUCUCAGACUUGCGAGAGUGGACCGGCUUCUUGCUGCAGCAGGGCCGGCCGGUGGUCUUCUACCCUGAAACCGCGUACUGGGUCAACUACGACAUCUCCGUGCCACUGUUUCUAGCGCCAACCUACGCAUCCGACCGCUUGGAGGACGCAGACACAUUGGAUGCGAUGCCGGCUGCAGCGCCUAUGCUUGGCCAGCUGAACUUUGAAAGCGGCUGGCAGUGGGGCUACUGGCUCGCGAACUCGGCACAAGCCCUGGUGGCUUGGCAAAGGCCACAAGGCCUCGGAGGGGCCUUCAACCGCCUCUUCCGUUUCCUGCCCACCUCCACGCGAGACGCCCUCACGGAGCUCCUCGUGGACUUCGCUGCAGCGCAGCAGCAACUGCUGAUCGAGGGCCGGAGGGCGGACGGCACAAGAACCACACCCGCGCCGGGCGCAGGGCCGGGAUCGGCCACGGGCAUUGCCUACCUUCAAGGCUCGGAGGGUCUAAGCGACCUUGCUUCACUGGUGGCGCGCUACUUGGGCGAGGGCGCUCCCCAACCCGACCGGCUGCACUUCAUGGAGCUCUGGCGCGAGACGCCGCCUGCGAGCCUGCGGCUGCUGCGGCUGCUGGGUGAGGGGGGCAGCGCGGAGGCCUUCGAUGGCGAGGGGUUGCGCCAGUCACGGCGGGCUUGGUUCCAGGAGCAGCUCUGGCCGCUGCUCCGUGAAACCAAUGCCACCUUCCAUGCUCUGGCCGCACGCUUUGUGGCGCUCCCUGCAAUGCAGUCGCCCAGCCACCGCGAGGUGGUGCAGGACUUGGCAGAUUCGGCGCAGCUGCUGGCUUUGCGGUGCUCGCAAGUGCUAGCGCUCUACGAAUACGCAGCGUUCUGCUCGCCGGGUGAGUGUCGCAGUCGCCUCGCGGCCGGUCGCGCUGCGGUGCGGGCUGCCCAGGCCGUGGUCUCUGCCAGGGCAGCCCACCUUGGCCUCGAGGUGCUGGGUGGUGAUGCCAAGCGUCUGGUUCUGGAAUGGUCGCGGCCCAUCCCGACGGCCUACGCCUACGGUUACCUCUGGGCGGCCCAGACGCUCUUCUACUGGAGGAGGGAUCAAGCCAUUGUGGAGUCCGAAAUCGCGGACCCUUGCUUUGGAGCCAUCAACGACCCGGUGGAGCUGGGCCUUUCUGGGGGUGGGGGACCCUGGGCCAGGUGGGCGCAAUCUGUGGCGCAAAACGUGCUGUCCAACCGGCUGUGGCAUGCUGAGCUGUCGUCGUGCUUGGGACCCCGCGAAGAACCUACGAUGCCCUCCCUAGGAUCCGAUCACUACGAGGAGCCCGUCGUUCUCUGA